AUGAUGGGUAUAUGUACACUUAUAACAAAACCUUAUUUUUCCCUCCAAAUACGGCUCUGCUUCAAGGAACCAGAGAAUCUAACCAGUGUCUCAGAAUUCAUCCUCUUAGGGCUCUCGGCUGACCCAGAACUACAACCCAUCCUGUUUGGGCUGUUUUUGUUCAUGUAUCUGGUCAUAGUGCUGGAGAACCUACUCAUCAUGCUGACCAUCGUCUCUGACUCCCACCUCCACACCCCCAUGUACUUCUUCCUCUUCAACUUGUCCUUGGCUGACUUCGGUUUCACCUCUACCACAGUCCCAAAGAUAUUUAUGGAUAUCUACACUCACAGAGGAGCCAUCUCCUAUACAGGCUGCCUGAUACAGUUGUCCUUUUUUAAUCUUUUUGGAGGUUUGGACAGUCUGAUUCUGACUGUGAUGGCUUAUGACAGGUUUGUGGCAAUUUGUCACCCCCUCCACUAUCCAGUUAUCAUGAACCCCAGACUGUGUGGCCUGCUGGGCCUGCUUUUUAUCAUCAGUCUUUUGGACUCACAGUUGCACUACUUCAUGGUGUCACAACUAAUAUUCUGUUCAAAUGUGGAGAUUCCUCACUUCUUCUGUGAUCCUCCUCAACUCCUCAAACUUGCCUGUUCUGACACCUCCUCCAAUAACAUAUUAAUGUACUUUAUUGGUGCCAUCUUUGCUGGAAUGCCAUUAUCUGGGAUUCUUUUCUCUUACACUAGGAUUGUUUCAUCCAUCCUGAGAGUCCCAACUUCAGGUGGGAAGUAUAAAGCCUUUUCCACCUGUGGCUCUCACCUGUCAGUUGUUUGCUUAUUUUAUAGGACAGGCAUAGGCAUGUACCUGAGUUCAGCUUACUCACAUCCACCCAGGAAGAGUGCAGUGGCCUCGGUGAUGUAUCUGCUGGUUGCCCCCAUGCUGAACCCCUUCAUCUACAGCCUGAGGAACAGGGACAUCAAGAGGGCCCUGGGGAGGAUACUCAGGAGAAUACCAUAA